AUGAAGACGCGCUUUUCAAGUCCCAAUCUCCGCAACAUGAUACCUGGGCAAGGGAAGCCUCGUGAGCCUGUGGACAAGCAGUCACGGACAGGAGAAGGGUUUGGAGAUGCAGGACAGUAUCAAAAUAUACAGCAACCAAGUCGGCGAGAAGUCUCUCUGACAGGCGAUGAACCUGCAACUCCAAGUGGAUCUGGGAACGAGCUUGAGCAACAGCAAGACCCAUCAGGAAGCGCACCUCAGUCUCCAACGGAGUAUUAUGAUACCCUUGAAGAUCAAAACGCAGAGCAACAGUCCAGCAACAGCACAAGUGGCGACACAGAUUUCUUGACCCCGGCACAGUCACCAACAAAGCUCGUUUCUGUCCCUGUCCAGCGACAGCAGCAACAACAGCGGGGCAGCGAACAUCCAAACAAUGGCAGCCAAGAACCAUCCUCUUCACAUGCACCGCCACAGAUCCGAGUCGAACCGCCAUCACCACAAGUCGUUACCAGUGCAGGCGCAGACAGUGAAGAUGAAGCAGACAACGAGCAGGGAGUGUCACUUCGUCGGCCAGGUGUGGUAGCAAGAUCGCGGUCCGGAUCACUGCCUCCCCCUCUGACAAUGACACUGCCUGAGGUUCCUUUUCAUCGAUCUUCAUCGUCUUCGCAGCUUGAACUCCUUCCGACUUCUUCAUACUCACCAACAACGGAGCUCCAAGCAGAUUUACAGGAGCAACAACUUCCUCCAGCAUCUCCAGCAUCUCCUCAAGGCGAGUCAGGGCUCCAUACAGUCUCUUCUCCUUUGCGCCUUCUUCUCAAACCUUUGAAGACCCCCGAGCAAGCUGUCAUGUCGCAACCAACGAACUCGAACCCUCCUGCCGCCGAUCAAGGCCAGCAUGCGAGCUCUCACGUCGAUAAUAACCCGCAAACUGCCAACAACAACAAUACCAUGCCUCAGAAUGCUGGUGCACCACAAACCUCUCUUACCGAAGAACAAGUCCGCGCCCUCAUGAUGGAGGAUGAUGACUUCGAUCCCAUUCCUGAAGAGUAUCGCCAGCAACCUGCAAGUGCGUACACGCCGCAGACCACCGCCUCGUCUUCCACCCCACAGUAUGCCCAAGCAUACAACAGUCCAGCACCAUAUAUUGCAGGACCACAAUUCUACGAUCAUGGCAUGGCCAUUCCUUACCAAUACGGCCCCCCUCCACCACAACAGUAUGCCGGUGCGCCAUAUGGUUAUGGCUUCCCUCAGCAAUAUCCUGGCUACAACAACCCUCUUUUCGCCGAUCCAAGAUUGGCUUACACCCCUCCUGUCGGCCCCCGUGCCCAGAUGGCAGGUCCCAUCAAUACACCUCCUGUCGGUCUCCCCGCCCAAUUAGCUCAUCCAACUGGCGUCCUACCAUACACCCAAUCGCCUGGAGGUCGUGAUGGCGUCGGCGGCACCCCUUCACCCCAUCGACAGGGUCAGGCACAGGGUCAAGACAGCGCUGGCAGUCGCAUGGAUGGCGAAGAUGGCGAUGAGGACGUUGUUGGAGGAGUGCCGUUGAGAGACAAUGGUAACAACAACUAG